UGAGGGAGAGUGAAGUGGACAACACUACUCAUGGGAGGACGAUUUGGUAAACUUGUCAUCUCCGACCCUCCCUUCUCCUCUACUCGUCUCAAACAGGUCCCAAUUAUAGCAAAGAAUGAUGUCACGGAGGAAGACAUCACACAGGGUUUGCGGGAGUCGGUGAAGGAGCCAGAUGAGGCGAGACAGUGGCUAGAUGACCUGAGUGUAUCAUAUGAGGAUGGAUUCUUGGAACACCCAGCCACUGUGUUCCGCCUGGUGCUACACACUAUGUCAGUACACCUGUCCUACAAAGUGCUUCAGGUGGCGGCCAGUACGGCUCUCCUGUCUCUCCUGGAGGGUGAAGACAAGACGUGGCUGGUGGAGGAAGACGGGAAGGAGGCGGUGAAGGUGCUGAUGGUAGUGUUGAAGAGGUACAUUAGCAGCCGUAGUCUCGUGUGUAAUAUCUGUUUGGUUCUAUGUCGUCUACAGCUGCCGCAUUACGCUGGUGAGAGAUUCCCACAGCUAGUUCGUCUGUUGGUAGAGUUGGUGAGAGACAGAGGGGUGAGAGACGAUACCAAGAGAAAGGUGGCGGUGGAGGUACUUAGAUAUUCUGCCAGUGAAUCCGACCAACACCUCCGGGCUAUUAUGGGCGACUUUGGUGUUGUUUCGGCGAUGCUGGGGUUAAUCGACAGUCGACUAGAUCGACAGGCCACGAUCUACCACGGGGAGACGGAGUGGAUGACCCUGUGGAGCCUAACCAAGGAUGUACCAGCUAACUGUCAGCUGUUUCUGGACGGUCAGGGGCUUGCUUACGUCAUGAAGUAUUUACAGGUGUACCCAUGCGGAGACGAGCUCAGGUACCCCAUCACUGGUCUCCUACACGACCUGGUCACCACUCAUCAUUAUCGGCCGUAUUUUAUGUCCUGUCCCGGCCUGAUUACUGUGGUCUUUGAUCUACUAAGGAAGGCGUAUAAUACCUUUGACGUGAGGUGCCACGCGGCUCAGGUGUUGGCGUUCCUGGUUAGCGACGGUGAGAAGGAGUGGACCGUCGACGAUCCCACCAGGCACAAGGCAGUGACCACCCUCGGGAUCUUCCUCUCCAGAAGAACCGUAAACAAAUAUCGAGAGUGUUCAUACGACUCCCUGGACGGUCUGCUGGCACUACUAAAGGUCAACCACACCCAAGAAUGCCAAGAAUGGGCUGCAUGGUCAUUAGCCAAUCUCACUGUAAUUAACGGUAAGAAGUAUUGCCGCAUGUUGGAGGAGGACGGAGGUCUGGCAGUGGUAGAGGAGGUGAUGGGGGACUGUAAACUUGACCACAACACCAAGACGUUACUGAGGAUCGUCAAGAAACAAUGUCGACAUAUACGGCCUCCCAUACAGGACGUUAAACAACAUAAGAAUAAGGAGACCAUCGGGAAACUAGAGGAAGUUGACCACAGUCCCACUACAAAACUAAAGAAGAUUAUAAAAAGCUUGGAAUUCUCGCAAAGGCAAUUAAUCGACUUAAAAGAAAAGUUGAGCGCUGAAGUUGAUGAGAGCCGAUCACCCAAGACCCAAGUUCAACAGCUGAGCGAGGAUAACUCCAAGCUAAAGACGGAACUAAUGACAACAACGGAUCAGGUGGAUUAUGUAGACGACGUAGGGCGGCGAAAUAACCUCAAGCUUGCCGGAGAUCCCCAAGAUUUCCACGAGAACUAGGAGUCAUCCCAGCACAAAAUGUCACGCCUGCUGAAUGAACGUUUUAAACUUACCGAAGUCAAGUUUGACCGUGUUCAAUACGUAGGGAAACCCAACCCCUCCCGCCCCCGCGACAUCAUAACAAAAUUAUCUUCCCCUGUGACCGUGACAAAGAGUUUUAUGGGCACAGUAAGCUGAAAGACACCACUGUCUUUGUCAACGAAAACCUAUGCCCAGGUACGACUAAAGCCCGCCAACAGCAAAUGAACCAGUUUAAAGAAGCCAGGAAACAUGGGAAACACCCUUGUUGUGAGGGACUCUCGGGUAAGUGGACACCCCCCACUUACCUACCUGCUGUAUCAACCUCCCCCCCCCCCUCCAAGUCCCACAGGAAUCCCCUCCCCUCAGGGAGGGAACCAGCCCCUGCCCGCAUCCUGGCUAUCACCUGUGGAGUUCCCCACGCCGGCAACCCCAGUUACUACACGUCCACCCUUUGCGAUGGGAAUCAGAAUCACCAACCCACAUAACCAAGAAUCGCC